UGACGUGGGCUUUGACGUUUCGGUCACGAAUAUAGUCACCGCAAAUUAUUGCAUAAUUGUUUUUAAUUCUAUUUAUUUCUUAAUAUCAAAUAUUACGCCGAUAAUUUUGCCGGUUUAUAGCAGCUGCAUUUAGUUACAAUGUUCGGAACACGUGGGAUUGGCACUUUAAUUCGCACUGUAGGAGCGGCUCGCCAGGCCCACACCCUACCAGAACUGCCAUAUGAUUACCAUGCGCUAGAGCCAGUCAUCAGCAGGGAGAUUAUGAGCUUGCACCACAGCAAGCAUCACGCCACCUAUGUUAAUAAUUUGAAUGCUGCAGAGGAGAAACUUGCUCAAGCACAAUCUAAAGGUGACAUCUCAACAAUUAUCAGUUUGGCGCCAGCCCUCAAAUUCAAUGGUGGUGGACACAUCAACCACACAAUCUUCUGGCAGAAUCUCUCUUCUAGCGGUGGUAAACCAUCUGAUGCGCUUAACCAAGCUAUUCAGAAAGAUUUUGGAUCAUUGGAGAACAUGAAGAAUCAACUUGCAACUGCGUCUGUGGGUGUACAGGGGUCAGGAUGGGGCUGGCUUGGAUACAACAAGCAGAUGAAAAAGUUGCAAAUUACCACUUGCCAGAACCAAGAUCCUUUGGAAGCUACAACAGGUAUUGUGCCUCUAUUUGGAAUUGACGUUUGGGAACAUGCUUACUAUCUUCAGUACAAAAAUGUCCGGGCUGAUUAUGUGAAAGCAAUCUUCGAUAUCGCCAACUGGAAGGACAUUUCAGCAAGAUAUGAAAAAGCAACUAAGUAGAUCUGUAACUACCAAAAAAAGUGCAUUUGUUAUUUUUUUUUUUUGCAAAGCAAAAUGUUAAUCUCGUAAUCUCUGGUUAGGAUGUGAUGUGAUAGACUUGGGAAUUUGUGAUGCCUUGUUAAGACAAAUCAUAAUAUAGGUAAUUAUCCCCGAAA